AUGCUCGCUCGUAUCUGGUCUCCGCAAGAGGCAACAGCUAUUUGGGCAGAGCUGGUCAGUCAAAGACAAAAGAUUAUCAAGAAACAAGCUCAAUCUGCCGAGCUCGCCGAUAAUUAUCUGGCUCAAUUAGCCGCGGCCCACGAGAUUGACAGAUCCUCGCUGGCAAGCUGGGAUGCGAGUGCACGAGCAUGGCUGCAAGUUGCCGACCAGGCGCGUAGGAAAAAGCAAGUUCAAGUUCAGCUGAUUGUCAACAAUCUUUCAGUAGCGGUCAAAUCCCAUACCGAAUCGACGGAUAAUAGCUUCAUCUCGAAAACAAACCCAUAUGACAGUGUUCUGCUCAAUCUCAGCCGUGCUUUGACUACUUUGGACAAAUUGGUCAAAGGAGAACCCCAAAGAAUCACCGAUGGAGGAGUUUUACUCGGGUUAGUCUCGUGGCACCUUUAUCCUGAUCUCGUCAUCCUGGGCUCGAGCACCAAGGAAAUACACCAGCAAGACGCUUUGGUUAAAAUGGGUGGAGUCGUCACCAUUUCAAAAUCCGCCCAGUUCAACGGGAACACCAUGCGUGACUCGAGAAUAUCUAUUGCGCAGCUCUCGGCAUUAUUACUUGGUGCUUCUUUGUGCGCCGAUGAGACUGCAUUUACCGCAGCUGCGAUUCUGCAGUCCCUUUGGAAAAUAUAUUCCAAUCUAUAUCAAGCCAGAAUGUGUCAGGCGGCCGAGAAGCCAUUUAAGCUAGAGAUGUUGGGGGAGCUAUCUCGUUUUAAUGUGGUGGACCUGCUAAAAGACAGCCAGCAGUCCCUCAGGGAUCUGAUGAAGGUACUGCACCUUAUUUUCCCAUUCAAAGAUGGUAUAGAUCUUCUUCUAUCAGCCGAUGAAAAUGAGAACAAAAUGGCACGCCAUCUCAUGAGAUACGGGAGCAAUAGUGGCAGAUCAUGGAUUGGAAACAUGGGUAACUCUUCUUCAACCCUCUUCGGUUUAUCAAAGUUGUCAUCGCUGCUUAACAUGGCCAAAAGCCCGGGGGCUGUGCAUGGAGGCACGAAACGAAAGUGGGAUGAAUUUGAGACAGAGGACAUUGAACAUAUUCAGUGCCUUGACACUUCUGAAGAAAAUUGGAUUUGCCAUGCGACCAUGGGACCAUCAAGGGCCCGCAAGCCUCAGUCCUUUCACCCGGAGGUGGACUCCGAGAUAUUUUCAGAAUUUUCGGAGACUCCUGGUAGUAUUCAUCAGAAUAUUUUCUUCAACUUCCCUUUUGGCGACGAUAACCUUGCAGCCGUUUAUACGAGACAAUUCAGUGAAUCAUCAUCUCGGAAUCAAGAAUUCUCAAAUGCAGUCCCUCUCAAUAUGGUGCAAAAUCUUUUGAAUAUGGAUCUCCUGAGGUUGGACAUUAUGUCAGAGUGCCUUUUACGUUAUUUCGUAUAUCAUAAACCGGCUCAUGGUAGCGCACUUCUUGCUCUUGGACGAGUUGUGCACUAUUACAGCUGUCAUAUACCCCAGGCCACCGUCUCAAUGAGCUUGAUAGUCCUCAGUCCACUUGCCAAACAGCAAGGUCGCGUAGGAAAACUACCUGUAUCAAUAUAUCCAAGCUUACUUCCCCGCGCAUCUGCAUUUGCAGCAAUUCUACAAUUCGAGUCUGGGACUAUUGAUGUGGAUGUACCUGAUCUUGCUGCAGUACUAGCAAUAUCAAGUGGGAAUUCUCUAUUCAUUGCUGAAGACCUUGUCCAUGACCCGAUUCCUUCUCCGGAUACAUUACCGUGCGCAAUUUGA